GCUUCCUCUCCGUGCAAAUGAAGUGCCCCGGUUCAUCUGCUAGCAUCUCCUAGGCACAUUUUGUUGACUUGUCCUGAAACUCAGUCGUACUAUAAGUGCGCAGGCGGAUGUGUAGGUGCUUCGACAACAUUACUGACAAAGAUAGCUCUUUCACAGGGACUUGUGAUACUCCUGCAAGUGGUGCUAUCGGCGUACCUCGACGAGCAUGACUCUAUCCACAGCCACAAUCGUGGUCACCUCCGCCGCAAUCGCCGUCGCCAGUUAUAUCAUCUACAAAAUGUUCUUCGAUAGCAAAGACCGCUUCCCCAUUUCCGGACUGACGGCCAUCAUCACCGGCGGCUCUCAGGGCCUAGGUCUUUCAGUCGCCCAACAGCUCGCGGCUGAAGGAGCCAACGUGGUGAUUGUGGCGCAGGACAAGGGCAAGCUUGAGCGGGCGAUCACUGCGAUCAAAGCACAGGCAACUCGACCUGAGCAGCAAAAGUUCCUUGCUCUUUCGUUUGACUUGCGAUCGCCAGACUCUGCGCCCGAGAUUCUGAGGCAGGUGACGGACUGGAACGAGGGAAACCCACCAGAUUUGGUGUUCUGCUGCGCGGGAAAUUGUCAACCGGGCUUUUUUGCCGACGUGAGUAUCGAGACGCUACGGGGUCAAAUGGACACGAUAUACUGGUCGGCAGCGUACAUGGCACAUGCGACGUUGAAUCUGUGGAAGAGACCGUCUACUGGGGCCCGUCAUCGUUCAGUUCCGCCGCCAACUCGUCAUAUCGUCUUCACUUCCAGCACGCUCGCCUUCUUCCCUGUCGCGGGAUAUUCUCCGUACUCGCCGGCCAAGGCGGCGAUGAGGGCCAUGGUUGACUCGUUGAAUGAAGAGGUGGCUGUCUACAACGGCGCGAGACAGGGUUCAGGCGAAGCACCAGAUGCAGAUAUCGCAGUCCACAUCCUGUUCCCAAUGGGAAUCAUAUCGCCUGGCCUGGAAAACGAAAACAAAAUCAAGCCAGAACUGACGCUCAUGCUGGAAAAGGACGAUAAGCCGCAACACCCGGACGAGGUGGCGAGGAUCCUGCUCAGGCGCUUGAAGGCGGGCGAUUACAUGAUUACUACAAUGGCAUUGGGCCAUCUGAUGCGCGGUUGCGGCAUGGGUGCCAGCGUGCGGAAGAACGUCAUGGACGUCUUCUGGAACUUUAUCGGUUCUGUGGUCAUUAUCUUUGUCGCUCCCGAUUUCAUUGCCAAAUGCAAGCGCUGGGGCAGGGAAAGAGGCAUGAAUGCUACCGGGCCAGUCAGCUAAAAUCUCCAUAUAUCUUCGGGGUUUCAAAAUGUGAUCCAUCCAUGAUAUCAGGGCUGUUAGCUCAACUCGCGUCGAAAUCAGCCAUCUAUCUCUUCAAAUGGCGCUCCAAGCAUGGCAUCCAGAGCUACCAGCAGAUCCUCCUUCAUCAUUUCCUGGCCAAAGUCCUGGUCCUUGAACGUUCUCGCCACCAUUUCUGCAGACCGGAGCUCUUCCAACUCUGCCUCUCCCAAUGCAGAACAUAUGGCUACCAUGUCCUCACCGUUGCGGGAGAGUCUGGCCAGCUCGUUGGCUCGUUCGACCACUUCCCUCGGCACGCCAUUCUGAGCAGCGCAUUGGACACCAUACGAGGUAUCACUCCUGCCGGGUCGGAGAUUGUAAAGAUGUGUAACUUCAGUGCUGCUGUGGCCCUCAUGGCGGCCCUUUCGUUCAUCCACUCGCACUUCCAUGUGCGCAAAAGCGAUGUUUGUCGCCGUGUCGAACAGGCCAAGCUCGAAAAUCUCGUGGAAAUGAGUGGCCACCAGAGCUUUGGGGGUUUCAGGUCCGAGGGAUGACAGGUGUUGAAGGACGCCGGCGGCGAGCCCUGCCCCGUCACAUGAGUCGGUGCCUUUGCCAAACUCGUCAAUCACGAUCAAACUUGUCCUUGUGCACGAAUUGAGCGCCAUGGCGAUUUGCUGCAUGUCGAUCAUGAACGCCGAGCCGAUACUAGACACGGAUUCCCGAGAAGUGAUGCGUGUAUAAAUCUUGUCGGUGAUGCCAAUGGUGGCUGCAUCGGCCGGUACAUACGAUCCCACCUGGGCCAUAUAAACCGCCAGAGCGACCUGUUUCUGAUACACGGAUUUUCCUGAAUAGUUCGGCCCCGUCAGUAUCAACAGGCUCGGGCCAUCAGUCGUAGUGUUGUGAUUUCUGCCACCGCCACCACCGUCACCACGGCCGCCAACCAAGAAAGUGUCGUUGGGAACGAAAGAAGGGACUGUCAGUUCCUGUAACAAGUGCCGACCACCCUUGAUUUCAAUGACAUUGUCUUCUGUCAUGCGCGGUCUAGUCAUCUUGUACUGACGUGCCGUAUGCGCAAACGCCAGGUUGCAAUCGAGUUCACCGCAGAUGUCGGACGCCGUGACCAGCAAUUUCGCCUCCUCGAGCACCUUUUGAGCAAGGUCAUAGGCAAUCUCGAUUUCGAGAUCGCAGAUGUUGGCGUACAAGUCACCCAAGUCCUCAUCCAGUUCAUUCAUGGCGGCGUUUUUGAAGUAGACCAUCUUUUCCGUGUUGAAAGUCCGCUGCCACCCGAGUUGACGGCCAUCGUAGACGGGCUGUCCGGUCGCCGCGUCCAGUAGCACCCCGACAUGAAAUCCCAUGUGAGGCAGGUAUGUGACCUCCAAGUCGACAAUGACUCCGGCCGGCAAGGAGCGGGAGAUCUCGACGGCCUUUGUGGUCAGCAUGUCUUCCAUGUCAUCGUAGAUGAUCUUGAUCCCGUCCAGCUGUUCGUUGACACCGGGCUUGAUGACGGUGCGCUGCUGGUCGGUCGAUGCAUCUAGGUCGACGAUCUCAUAUAUCAUCCGCCCGAGCCGUUGCAGGCUGUGUCGGUCCAGGACGUCUGAGGCGACUACAAAGAGCGGGAGUCGAUCGGCUCCCAAUACUUCCUGCAAGGUAUCUGCAAUCUCGAUUGUGUGGUAGCAGAAGUCGAGCAGCGAUGCCCAGACUCCGCUUUUGAAGGCAUUGUACUUUUGCUUGCCGCUGUCAAUGCCUUUCUGCAGGAGAGUCGUUGUGGUCCGCAUGUUCUUGAUCUUGCUGAGGUUCUUGGUGAGUUUGCGGCACGCCCCAUCGUUGUCCGGGCGGACGAAAACCGACACUAUGUCGAGGCGCUUGAUGAUAUGCUCCAUGUCGAGAGAUGGUCUGAGAAAGGCUUGUCGGAGAAGGACCUUUCCCUGCGGUGUUUUGGCAUUCUUUUGGAAGAGCCCAUGAAUUGACAGUGGCUCUUUUGCCACGGAUGAACGUGGACAUUGCUUGUGAGCGGCUGGGCUGCUCUCCGGCUGGACAAUCUGUAGCGACAUCAAAGUGUCCGUGUUGACCAGCCUGUGUGUGUAAGCCGUAAACGUCACAUCUUUCAGAUUGAAUCCCUACAUUAUAUCUCUAAGAUGAAACAUCUCAAGCCUG